CAUCCCACAUUUCUACAUCAUCAUUUCUAUGAUCCCAAUAUUUGUACACCACCCUUUCUUCAUCCACCUUCUAUAACCCAACCACUUAAUCAUCACUCGUUUCGUUUCGUUCUAUUUCAUCUUAUAAAUAUCUUCCCAGCAAGCUACGUUUGCCUAUGAUGGCGCGUCGCGUGUCACCCAAUUCCAUCGAGGCGAAGUUCUACCUCGAAAAAUAUGAGAAUGCGCGUAAGACAGGCAAAGACCAAGAAAUGACGCAAUUCUUGGAAUCAGUCAGUACCCAAGCUGGUUCCCAUGAGAUCGUAGAUGACCCCAACGUCAAUGAUUCGCUUGGACAGCGGGAAAACGGUGAUCCCCAGAAGCGACAAGGUCGAUUUAACGACAAUUCGCUAUCGAAGAUGAAGAAUAUCUUCAACGUCACCACCGCCGCAACUGGUAAAGACAAGGCCGGGCUUGGUUAUGCGGAAUCGACCGAGCUUGAUGAUCCUGAGAAGCCCAAUCGCAAACUCUCAUCCAAGAUGACUAAGAUAAAGAAGUUUUUCGGCAAAGAUGACAAUAACACGACUCAUUCGAUUACGACCAGCGCUGAGAAGGUACUGGCUAUGUUGAAGAGCCCGAACGCUCUUCCCUUUAAUAUUUCCAAGCUUCCUGAGUUAACCAAGAUAGUGCAGAACGUGAGCAAUGCUGAUCUAUCGCGCAAUAAUGCCCCACGGUUUAUGAUAUAUCAUGGCAAUAGUGAGGAUAGUGGCAACAACGACUAUGUAGAUGAAUCCGAUAACAACGCAAUUGAGAGAGGCAGGCCCAGAUUUAAAAAGAACACGGCGGCGGCGUACGACUCUACUGAGGAUACCAACCGAAAGGGGGUGGCCGCCUCAGACACAUCGGGUGGACCAAAAGACUCCGUCAGAGAUAACAAAGUCGUCCAGCAUGAGACUGGACAAGAAGACCGAUGCCCCAGUGUCCCACCACAUCGCGAUCCCGUCCAUCCUCACAGACAAGCCAAGCAUGAGGCCAAGGUCCCAGUUAAGAAACCUCUGUAUGACGACCAAGGUUUCCUGUGCGGGGAUUCCGAAAGCGAGGAUUGUCACUUUACCAAACCUCCUGCUGUACCCCGACACGGUGUGGGUGUUUUGGGUGAUGAGGAUGAGAAUGAGGAUGAGGUUGGAGAGCGUUCAACUCAGCACCCUAAACGUACAUGCUCGGACGAAAAUGUUAUUAACUCCCUUGCUAUAGCCCAUUACACGCCGUCGAUCCAACAAUUCUUGGCCAAACCCAAGCAAGCAGCGAGAGACUAUCAAAAGGCUAUUCAGUUGGUGAAAGCGCAACAAGAAGCAAAAGCCAGACGGCUUGCAGAGGCCAAGGCGAAGGGGGAAGGCAAUUCAGAGGGUAGCCAGGAUUAUAGUUCCGGUGGAGCAAUACCCAGCGUCCCAUCUUUCAAGGAGCUAAAGCGCAAGGAAGCCGAGCAAGGCCAGGGACCAGAGCAACUUCACAAGGACAAACAGGUGGGGGUCAAAAACUGGCUGGAUGCCCCUCGAUUAGAUCCCCGUCCCGAGAGCCCAGAUGAGCCACGACAAUACGGUGUUAAGCCAGCACCUAAGGAUAGCAAGAGGAAAACAUUGGCUUCGUACAUGGGUGAGAAGCCAAUAAGUCGUGAGAGUCAGCGCGUGCGCAACUUUUUCGGUCUUUCAGAUUCUUCCAACUCGACUGACGGAUCCAAGAGAGUUGAUGUUAUGUCUACUAUCGAGGAGGACGAGUCGGAAACCGAUUUUAAACCUCAUUUCCCUAAUCUUUACCAUCCGUCUCCUACCCGAGUAGUUCGUAUUACGCCAUCGAUCUAUGAGGGACUUUCUUUCCUUCGAAAGGAAUCUGAAGCAUCUGGUAGCCCUCAGCGUGGCACGGUCGAGCCGCCCAGCUCGCCGUUUGAUAGAGACCCUCGAGAUCAGGUACAGGACUCUUCACAGCCUGGAGAGAGCUCCUCGCCGCCGAUUACCCCCAAUGCUCAGAUAAUUCAAGGAAAGCGCAACAUUGCAAGCGAGGUUGAAUAUAUCAAGAAGCAUAUCGAGGAUGCCUACAAUGGCAAGUGCGAGUAUAACGUCUAUGACGCCCCCAGCGAUAUCACAGUCGGCCUCAGUCCCAUCACUCUGUUGGGAAUGUACCCUUCCCCGCUUCACAUUAUCAAAGACCCCAAGAAGCCUCAGGGAAAUGCUCACUCGCCCACUCCUGCUUACAAGGGGCCACGAGGAUCAAAACCCCUUCAAGGACCACGUCCGCUCCCGGUUGCUUCUCGACACUCGCAACCUCAGCAACCUAAACUACCCGAACAACCUCCACCGCUUCAGCUGCCUCAGCCGCUUCAGCUCAACACAACCGGCGCGAGUACAUGGGGUGAACGCUUCCGUGGCGACAGCGAUGAGGUCUCACUUGGUCGGAAAGGAGAGAUUAUCGAAGAAAUGGGACACAUUAUGUUGGUGACGCUAGAGCGCAUGGAUAGACUGGAAGAGAGAGUGGAAGUGUUGACUAACUCGCUCAACCGCGUUCGACUAUUAAUAGCCGAUAUAGUUGGCGUGGAUACUGCAUGGUACCAUAAGGAACAAAAUGCUGAAGAGCAUGCGCAGGAAGAGGAGGAUGAGUAGGAGGAGGGGGAGGGGGAAGAGAAAGACGAAGAGAAG